UUAAAAUAAAACAACUCCACCGAAAUAUUUCAACGAAUGCAAAAAAUAUUUUCUAUUUAUGUUUAUCAAACGCCGUCCGAAAAUCUUUUCCUUUGAAUUUCCAAUCUCAGCAGAGUGCUGUGCGUGCAUUCAGGUGCUAUUAGUUGGUGGUUGGUAGGAACUAAUGUCAGGCAUGGAGAAUGUCAAGGAGCAAGAAGGAGAUGGAAAUGUCGCACAGGAGUGUGAAAAAUCCAUGCUGUCAUCUCAAGAGGAGGAGGCAGCUUUAAAGAAAAAAUAUGGAGGGAUUAUGCCCAAGAAACCACCACUCAUUUCUAAGGAUCAUGAACGUGCUUACUUUGACUCUGCUGAUUGGGCACUUGGAAAGCAAGGUGUUGAGAAGCCCAAAGGACCGCUUGAAGCCCUUCGGCCCAAAUUGCAGCCCACACAACAGCUAACACGAUAUAGGAAGUCCCCUUGCGCCCCAUCAGAUGGUGAAGAUGGAAGGAGUGCUCAACCAGACAAUGGUACUGUCAAUGAAUGAGAAACUGCCGUUAAUCUUCCGAUCUUCUGAGGACCAUCGAUUGUUAAUUCUAAUACCUAGAUACGUAAUGAGUAAUUUUCAGUUGUUUCCGUGAAUAAACUUUGUUAAAAGAUGUUGACAAGUUGCAACAUUUAUGCAGUUGAGAAUUGUGGGAAAUGAAAUGUCUAUUGUUCCAA